AUGGAGAAUGACCCGGAAUCGAACUUGAAGCAUCUAGACACGGCAGACCAGGCCGCCCAAGAUGCGCAGGACCUCGCCUACCUCGGCCACGACCAGGCCCUCUCGCGCAAGUUCAGCACGACGAGCAUGCUCUUCCUCGCCGUCUCUGUGCUAGGCACCUGGUCCACCUUCGCCCAAGGCCUCUCGAGCGGCCUCACCAGCGGCGGUCCUAUCGCCAUCCUCUGGGGUCUUGUACUCGUCGCCUUCUGCAACAUCUGCGUUGCGGUCUCGCUCGGCGAGCUCUGCAGCAGCAUGCCGACCGCUCUGGGACAGGCGUACUGGAUCUCCCGCCUCUGGCCCGGUCCCGCGGGUCGUUUUACCUCUUACCUCUGCGCCUGGAUCAAUACCUUUGGCUGGUGGACGUUGUCGGCAUCGCAGCUCGCUUUCAUGACCAACUUCAUCCUGAGCAUGAAAGUCCUCUUCGUCGAGGACUGGGCCGAGGCCGGGGUCGGAUGGAUCAACUUUUUGCUCUAUCUGGCCGUUACUCUUGUGGUCACGGUCGUCAACCUCGUCGCCUGCCGAAGAGACGCUAUCCUGCCGGCCUUUAACAACUUCGUGGGAGUCUGCUUCAUCGGGCUCUUUUUCGUCUUUUGCCUCGGGCUCCUUAUUUCCGUGGGCGUGAGGCCGGGCCUGCAGUUCCAGCCGGCUUCGUUUGUGUUCGGUCGAUGGAUCAACCAGACCGGCUGGGGAGAUGGGGUGACCUGGUUCACGGGUCUCGUCCAGGCCGCGUACGGCCUCACUGCCUUCGACUCGGCCGUCCAUCUUGCUGAGGAAAUCCCGGCGCCUCGCAAGAACAUCCCGCGCGUGAUCUGGCUCUCGGUCGUCCUUGGAGCCAUCACCGGGUUCAUCUUCAUGGUGGCCUGUCUGUUCUCCAUCCAAAACAUUGACAACAUCUUGAACCCGGUCACCGGACUCCCCUUCAUGGAUCUCCUCCACGAGGCCAUGGGGCUUCAGGGGGCUACAGUGCUUCUCUCCCUCUUCAUAUUCAACGGCAUGGGGCAGGCUGUCAGCAUCCUCACGACCGCGUCCCGUCUGACUUGGGGCUUUGCGAGAGACGGCGGAAUCCCGUGGAGCGCAUACUUCUCCGGGGUCAACGAGACCUGGAGGGUACCAGCGCGCGCCCUGUGGCUUCAGGGAGGCAUCAUCGGUCUCAUCGGUGUCCUCUACACGUUCGCCAACACGGUGCUCGAAGCCAUCCUCAGCGUCAGCACGAUUGCUCUCACCGUCUCCUACGGAAUGCCAAUCCUGACCGUCCUUCUCGUCGGCCGCGACAAACUCCCGCCCGGAGAGUUCAGAUUGGGACGCCUGGGCCCCGUCAUCAACUGGAUCUCGGUCAUUUACUGCUCCAUCACCACUGUAUUCUUCUUCUUCCCGUCAGCGCCUAAUCCGGCACCGGCCGACAUGAACUACGCGAUCGCCGUCUUCGGAGUCAUGAUGGUCGUGACCCUGGGCUUCUGGGUGGUCAAGGGACGGUACACGUACCUGCAGACUGCGGAUGCCGAGGUGCGGAUCAUCGAGGCGCAGAAUGCAGAAGUCACGACCGCGCCGGUUCAUCGAAAGUCUUGA